AUGUUUUCUGGUGCUGAUGCUCCUCCGGGAAUUUAUCAUCGUUUCACACCUGACACCAAUGAUUACAUGAAGGCUAUGCGUUUAUUUAAAAAGGAACCAAUACGGGUAGCACUUAAUCCCGAUGAUAAUAAUUUUCGUAAAGAUUAUUUAAAAUCAAUUCAAAACUUUGGAUCGUAUAAAUAA